GCAGUGGAGAUGGCGUCACUAAAGUGUAGGAGUCCAGAAACUUCACCCGUGUAAAUAUAAUGUUACAGAACGCUGUGUGUGAGUAGACAGGGCCGAAACACACAGUCCUUAGUUGUAUUUAUAACGUAUUAGUCUGAAUAUGCCGCGGAAAAAGGCAUUCAGCAACAAACAGAAGAAGAAACAGCUACAAAUCAAGCGGGAGAGAAAGAGAGGAGAUACUGGUUCAGGCCCGAGCAGCCGUAAUGCCAGUGUGGAGAGAGGAGACCGCCAAUCAGACACUUCAGACAGCGAGACCACAGAUCUAAGGAGAAUAAACCAACAACCAGGGGGCAGGGACAGUAGACAUGACCCCAAUAGAUUUCGUCUGCACUUUGAGAAGGAGAGUAAAGAGGAGGUGGAGAAAAGGAAGAAGGUGGCGAGAGAGAAGGAGCUGCUGCCUGUAACUGACAAAGAGCUGGAGAUCGACAUUUGUGACAUCUACCCUUCAGAUAAAGGUCUCGGUUUCCCACGUCGGCCAUCUUGGAAUUACGAGAUGACGCGAGAGAGUCUCCUGAGGAAAGAGGAGAAGUCAUACAGAGAAUAUUUGGACGACCUGCACUCCAGAAACCCACCUGGAUCUCUGAGCCACUUUGAACACAACCUGGAGACGUGGAGACAGUUGUGGAGAGUCUUAGAAAUGUCAGACGUCAUCCUGCUGAUUGUGGACAUCAGACAUCCAGUGCUGCAGCUUCCCCCAGACCUUUACCACUACAUCACAGGAGCUCUACAGAAGCAGGUGGUUUUGGUGUUGAACAAAGUCGACCUGUGUCCUCCUCCGCUGGUGAUCGCCUGGAAACACUACCUGACCUCACAGUUCCCUCAUCUUGAAAUCGUCUGCUUCACUUCCCACCCCGGGCAGCCCUACAGCACAGUUCUACAAAAGAAAAGAAUGAGGAAGAAGGCGACCUGGAACGCUGGAGGGCCUUUGGACAUCCUCAAAGCCUGUCAGGACAUCACAGCGGGGAAGGUUGACCUUUCGAGCUGGGAGCAGAAGAUAAAGAGCGAUGCGGUUGCCGAGCGCGUGGACGGCGAGCGGGAAGGGGAGGGGCCCGGGGAGUCGGUGCUGAUGGAGCACCAGAGCGACAGCGCCAUGGAGAUGAGCAGUUUGUCCCGAGAGCUGUACAAAGACGGGGUUCUCACGCUGGGCUGCAUAGGUUUUCCAAACGUCGGCAAAUCGUCCGUGAUCAACACUCUGGUUGGUAGAAAAGUGGUGAGCGUGUCUCGGACCCCAGGACACACCAAAUACUUUCAGACGUACUACCUCACUCCGACAGUCAAACUCUGCGAUUGUCCCGGGCUCGUUUUCCCCUCCCGAGUCAACAAACAGCUACAGAUUCUGGCCGGUAUCUACCCCGUGUCUCAGCUGCAGGAGCCGUACAAUUCAGUGGGUUAUCUGUGUGAAAGAACUCCUUUUCUGUCCGUCCUGAAGCUGAAGCAUCCCUCUUUAACGGAGAACAACCCACAGCAGCAGAACCAGGGGUCAGAGGAGCCAAAGUGGACGGCCUGGGACGUCUGUGAGGCCUGGGCCGAGAGAAGAGGUUACAAGACGGCGAAGGCGGCUCGUAACGACGUGUACAGAGCGGCCAACAGUCUCCUGAGGCUCGCCAUCGACGGACGACUGUGUCUGUGCCUCAGGCCUCCAGGAUACAGCUGCCUCAGAGAGCACUGGGAGAAUCACGUGGAUCUGCCCGACGUCGUGGCGAUACAGGGCAGGACGAACGUGGAGGAGGUUUCCGACGAGGAGGGGGAGUCGAGCAGCGAGGGCGAGGAGGAGGAGAGGGACCGCGACGCCGACGUGGACGAGGACGCGGACGACGACGACGACGGUGGCGGCGGCGGCGACGGAGGAGGAGGCGGCUUCAGGCGGGCGCCAAAGAAAGAAACUGCACCGCCGUCCGGGUUCACCGUCAACAUGUACAACGUGCUGAGGGAAAACGAGUGUGAGUGAAAGAGCGAGGAGGGACGGGAACCAAUGAGCUCAGUGGGCUGCGGUCAUGUGACGUCAUAAAGAACACGGUUUAACACAAAAUGGAGGACGGCGAAAAGUGAUACGGGAGAGUUUACUGCUUAAAAUGGAGAUGUUUUUGGUUACUAUUUCAAAACGCGGUCUCUAAUAAAGCUGUGACAUUGCUGCUUUUGACUGAAAUAAUCCGAAGUAUAGCAUUAAAACUAUAAAUCUCCAUGGAGACGAGCGAGUCAUUCCACCAGGCAGAGUUACAGGUCUGAUCUGUGGACCAUUAACCAUUAAGAAAGCACGUUUUUCAAAGCAUUCCUGCGACAAAAGUAAGUUUAACGCCAUAUAAAUGUACAGUAUAACAUUCCGGGCACAUAGCAACAUCCCCAUGGAGACGCCAGACAAGAAAAGUUACAAAGUGCGCCUUUAACUACCGUAAAAUGCAGUUGUUUUGACACCGUAGUGGCAAAAACAGUGGUGUUCUUCAACCGCACAGGCCUCAGGGGAAAGAAGGCGCCUGAUUUGUCUGUUAUUAAUGUUUAUAUUUUCAGUUACGGACGGAAAAGUGAAAUAAAAACAGCAGGAUAAUGUAGAGCAGGUUAAUACGAACGUUUAAGACCAAAAUGAUGAGUCUGCACCUGACUGAGCGACAGGUGCGUCAGAGGAGAAGCACUCGGAUGGUUUAGACAUGGUUUAGACCUGGUUUAGUCCUGGUUUAGACCUAGUUUAGACCCGGUUUAGUCCUGGUUUAGUCCUGGUUUAGACCUAGUUUAGACCCGGUUUAGUCCUGGUUUAGUCCUGGUUUAGACCUAGUU